UGCAGCCCCCAUGGGAGACCAGGCAGACUGGAUGUCGCAGCUGUGCCCGCGGCUGUGGGAUGUCCCCCUGCACCACCUGUCCAUUCCAGGGAGCCACGACACGAUGACGUACUGCCUGAACCGUAAGUCUCCGAUCUCCCGUGCACGUUCAUGGAUACUGCACCUGCUGGGCCGUGUCAUACCUUUCGUAAUUGGGCCCGUGGUAAUGAAAUGGUCGGUCACUCAGACACUGGACGUGACGCAGCAGCUGGAUGCAGGCGUGAGAUACCUGGACCUGCGGAUUGCUCAUGCGCCAGGGGGCUCCGCUCGGAAUCUGUGCUUUGUGCACAUGAUGUACACGAAAACGCUGGUGGAGGACACCCUCACUGAGAUAGCAGAGUGGCUGCAAUCGCACCCCCGCGAGGUGGUCAUCUUGGCCUGCAGGAACUUCGAGGGGAUGACGACAGAGCUGCACGACUAUCUCGUGGGUUGUAUCAUGAACAUUUUCGGAGACAUGCUGUGUCCGAGUGGGGAAGUCCCCUCACUGGGGCAGCUGUGGGCACGAGAGCAGCAGGUCAUUGUGUCCUACGAAGACGAGGCCACAGCCAGCCGCUAUGAUCAGCUUUGGCCUGCAAUCCCAUACUGGUGGGGGAAUGCGGUAAAGACAGAUGUGCUGCUGCGGUUCCUGGAGACCAUGAAGGGCCAUGGCCGCCCAGACGGUCUGUUCGUUGCUGGCAUCAACAUCACUGAGAACCUGUGCUACAUUCUCCUGCACCCAGUGGACUCCCUGGAGGAGACAACACGUCGCAGCCUCCCGCUCAUGACCAAGUGGGUGCAUGCGCAGCAGCCAGGGCAGAGCCCUCACUGCACCAACAUCAUCGCAGGCGACUUCGUGGGUGCAGAUGGCUUUGUGACUGAGGUUAUCAGCCUGAACCACAAACUGCUUUCUCCAGAACUGUCACACCCCCAAGACGGGGGUCACCACUUCUGAGUACUCUGUGCAGCCCAGAGACCCGCAGACCCAACAGGCCAGGGACCCAGAACGUUCUUCUGUCACACUGCUGUGUUGCAGUUCUCAUCAGCAGGUGCUCAGGCCUCCACUGAUUAAGGGAUGUUGAAGUCACACACAUGUGUGGAUGUUUUUGUGGUCUCUGGUGGACCAACUAGACCCAGGCCUUGGACACAGUCUGGGAGCCCCUUAUCUCCAGGUCUCAGCUUCCACAGAAAGCUCUGCCCCCAGUCACUGAGCAC